AACUUCGUCUUCUUUCUCUCCAUCAUCCUCUAUUCAUCCCACCCAUCCACUCUUCAAAAUGUUUUCUCUCCGCGCUCUUGCCCGCUCCCUGCCCCGCACGGUUUCGCGCUCUGUCGCUACGUCCUCUCGCUCCGCCCUCUACCGACCUGCGUCGGCCGUCCCCAAGAACACUUUUCUCCAGUCUUCGUUGAAGCAGGCCACGAGGUCUUCUUAUGCCGCUUUCUCGACCUCUCAGGCAUUCAAGCAGCCUGCCGCUGAUGGUGAUGUCGAACUUGCUGCCAAGCUCGAAGAUGAGUUGAAGCAUGAGAAGUCUUCCGGUCUCAAUGACUUAGAAGCGUCUGUUCAGAACAUCCAAUAUGUCCUUCAGAACAACUCGUGGGAGGUCAAGGACGUUCCCGGAGAGCAGGAGGUUGUGCUGACGAAGAAGCUUGGCAACGAGGAGAUCCGACUUACCUUCACCGUUGCCGAUCUCCAGAACCUCAGCGAACAGGAAGACUUUGAUGAUGCUGCCCUUGGUGAUGAGAUGGACUUCCAGUCCGGCCAUCAGCCCGCCAACCAGGGACGGAAUGGCAAUGUGUCUCAACACCCCGAGGACAGCAUUGCCCCCGCCGAUCGCGAGGUCGAAGACCUCGAGCCUAGCUUCCCUGCUCGUGUCAAUGUCACCGUUGAGAAGCCCAGCACCGGCGCUCUUCUGAUCCAAACCGUUGUUCAGGACGGCCUCUUCCAGAUCGAGGAGGUGUCGUACUUCAACAAGCCUGACUUGGCCUAUGCCCAGACUGCCGAGAAGGACUGGGCUAGACAGAGCUUGUAUGCCGGUCCUCCUUUUGAGAACUUGGACGAGGACUUGCAGACUUUCCUGGAGCGCUACCUCGAGGAGCGCGGCAUCAACGCCGAGCUUGCCAACAUGAUCCCCGAUUAUAUUCAGGUCAAGGAGCAGAAGGAGUACGUUCGCUGGCUUGAGAAUGUCAAAAACUUCGUCUCCGCUUAAAUGCGAGCCUCUACCCUUAGCAGGAUCGCAACAUGCUGGGUAACCCCUUCUCUUGGGUUUGGUUAUGACUCGAUUGGGUUGGACCUGUCAAAAUAUCAUAUUAAUUCUUUGUAUCGCAUGAGCUCAUUGACAUAUUGUCUUUGCCAAUAGCUUAAGUCUUGUUCAUGAAGUUGCAGUUUGCUGCUUUUGAAGCAGUGUGCACGUGUACUAUUAUAGAAACGAAUUGAGGAAUUUUGUAAUUACCAUAUGUCUGUCUAUUGAUAUCUUCAAGUCAUUUAAGUUGCACCAUGCAGCUGCAUAUGCUCGUACUCUUCUUUAGCUCGGCUAGGCCAGGUUAUGACAA